AUGUCCGAGUCUAUUGAGAGCGACAGUAGCGACAAUCGUUACAAUUUCCAUUCCAUCGACACCAACGUCGAAGUAGAGACCACCUGGACGCCCUUUGAGGACGUUGCCGAUCUCCGUCCCUGGGGAUACGUAGGAAACAAGAGAGCACCCGCCAUCGCAGACAGAACGGAUUUGACUCACGCGUUUUUCCACACGAACACCAACUUUUUCGAGCUUGCCGCCACGUCGCCGGCCUUUGACGCUCCAGUAGCCGUGGCUUCACUGAACGUGACCAUGAACAACACCAACGAUACCAACGUGCUUCCCUGCCCUCAUUUCGAGGGCGUUGAGAAGCGCAUCGAGAUCGACUUCCACGCCGGAGGGUUGCAGCGCGGCCUGCGCUCCCUUCCUCGCGACAUCCUCGACGAUGCCAUGACCGCCGCCGAGUGCCUCAUCGUCUCCAAGAGGACCUGCGCCGCCUUUGACGCGUACGUCCUCUCCGAGUCGUCGCUCUUUGUCUACCCGACCAAGGUGGUCCUCAAGACGUGCGGCACCACCAAGCUCCUGAACGCCAUCCCCAUGUUCAUCGAGGAGGCGGCCAAGCUCGGGAUGCAGCCCAGGCGCGCCAAGUACACCCGCUCCACCUUCAUGUGGCCCGACGAGCAGCCGCUCGAGGGUAACUUUGACAAGGAGGUUGAGUUUCUCGAGCGGCACUUUGGCGCGCUUGGCGACGGCGGCAACGCCUUUGUCCUCGGCUCCAAGACCAAGGGCGUCCAGUGGCACGUGUACCUCGCGGACGACAACUCCGGUGCUUUUGUCGACGGCAACGGCACCGAGGGCAGCGAGUGCUCCACCGGCUUUGAGACGCACUCCGCCCCGGCGGCUCGCGCCAACCUGCCGGAUCCCACCGUGUCCCUCGAGGUGUGCAUGACGGACCUCGACCGCGAGCACUCUAAGCACUUCUUCCGCGACGACACCUACGAGUCUUGCCAGAAGACCACCGAUAACUGCGGCAUCACGGACCUGUUCCCCCAGUUUGACAUCGACCCCUACGUCUUUGAGCCCUGCGGCUACUCCAUGAACGCCCUCUCUGGCUCGGAGUACGCCACCAUCCACAUCACCCCCGAGGAUGGCUUCUCCUACUGCUCCGUGGAGAGGUCCAACAUCCCCGUGUCCGCGGCUGACCCCGAGGACUACCUCAGGCGCGUUGCGUCCACCUUCAAGCCCGGCAAGUUUUCCUUUGCCGUCUCCACCGACGCCGCGCUCCCGGACGCCGCAAACAUCCGCCGCGUCCCGACCCUCCCGGGCUACCGCCGCAUCCAGGCGUCCCACCAGGAGGUUGACGCCUCGGGCGGAGCGGUGUCCUUCUACACCUUUGAACGUCUCCCCGAUGUUCACGUGCCCGUGCCCACCCUGCCGGCGGUGAACUUGGCGGCGUUCAAGCCCGGCUUUGAGGCUGGCCACGACUCGGACAGGAACACCGACUCGGAAGAGGAUGCGCCGGAUCGCAAGAAGUUCAGGCCCUUGGUCGAGACCCCCGAUAUCACCCGGGAGGUCAGACCCUCGUCCAUCGUGUCCUCGCACGUCGCGGAGUCUGGUUUUGAACUGAACAGGUGCCCCAGCGUGAACCACAUGGAGGCGCCCGUGCACGAGCACGAGCCCUCUACGCUCAGCAACCACAUGACUGAGUAUGCGGGCAUCGCCACGCUGAGGACUCCGCUCCCCACCUCGUUUCCCCUCGCCAGGGCGUUCGCGGGGUACGACUCUGAGGUUAUCAACACCCUCAUCGGUCAGCACUGCAAGCCCCUCGUCGGCUCGGGCGGCAAGACCAUCGACAACUUCUGCCUCGACAUCAUCGAGAACGGUCUCGCGCUUCCCACCACUGAUCGCCUCGCGCGCUUCUGCGUCGUCGACCUCGGCGUCGUGAUGCGCCGCUGGCGCUACUGGCGCGCGACCAUCCCCAGGGCUAUGCCGCACUACGCCGUCAAGUGCAACCCCGACACCGGGGUGCUCGCCAUCCUCGCGGCGCUCGGAUCUUCCUUUGACUGCGCCUCUGCCACCGAGGUUGACAUGGUGAUGGCGCUCGGCGUCACCCCCGACCGCAUCAUCUACGCCAACCCGUGCAAGAUGCCCGCGCACCUCGCGAGGGUGCGCGACUGCGGCGUGGGCCUGACCACCUUCGACUCGGUCGCCGAGCUCCACAAGAUUUACGAGCUCGCCCCCGAGAUGAAGGUUGUCCUCCGCCUCCGCGCGGAUGACCCGGAUGCCAGGUGCGUCCUCGGCAACAAGUUUGGCGCCGAGCCACCCGAGAUUGAGCCCCUGCUCACCGCGGCGAAGCACCUCGGCAUUCACGUCGAGGGUGUCGCCUUCCACGUGGGAUCCGGUGCCACCAACCCCCGCGCGUUCCGAGUGGCUCUGGAGAGGGCUCGCCUCGCCUUCGACAUCGCCGAGCGCGUCGGCCUGCCCCCUCUCAAGCUCGUCGACAUCGGCGGCGGCUUCUCCGGCUCCGUCAGGACUGUGGCGGCCACCAACGACUCCGAUGUGACCCUCACCGAGGUUGCCAAGACGGUCAACGCGGCCCUGGAGGAGUUCUUCCCCGAGUCCUCCGGCGUCCGCAUCAUCUCGGAGCCCGGCAGGUACUUUGCCGAGGCCACCACCACCCUGGCCACGAUGGUCUUCUCCCGUCGCAUCCGCUCCGAGGAGGACGGCUCUGUGGCCAAGGGCGGAGACACCCACCAGUACUUCGUGUCUGAUGGUCUCUACGGCAUGAUGAACUGCCUCCUCUACGACCACGCCUCCAUCACCGCUCGCAUCCUCCCCGUGUCCACCAACGCGGCGGCGCUCGCCGGCGGUGACCUCAACGGCAUCGUUCCCCGCGGCGUCUACUCCAAUGAGGAAGACACCAACGGCCUCACCAAGUACCCAUCCACCGUCUUUGGUCCCACCUGCGACGGCAUCGACAAGGUGCUCGAGAACACCCUGCUCCCCGAGGUGAGCAUUGGCGACUGGCUCCUCUUCCCCCACAUGGGCGCCUACACCGUCUCCGCCGGAUCCAACUUUAACGGAUUCGACUGCGCCGGCGUGCGCAAGUACUACGUUGCCUCUAUCGUCGACGGCGACCCCGAUGAAAUUCGCCGCUAGAGAGGCACAUUGUCUCCAGCCAGGCGAGACGCAAUCGGCGUCGCCAAAAAAAAUCGUUGUGCACAUCUGGCCUCUCGAUCCACCGUGAGCGACACAGGCGCCACCUGGAUUGGAUGUUGGCAUACAACGUGUCCGCGCGGUUAUAUAGACGUAGCCGCGGACCUCUGCGUCACCCUAGGUUAGCGGACGCGCCUGACCACAGCCUCGCUGCUGCAUUAGAUUGCGGCUUGAGCAGAGGGCUGUGGCACAGAGCAGCGGCUUUUGACGCGGGUCCCAUCUCCUCGCGGAUCCCCUAGUAGAGAACACGCGUUCAUCCUAUUUGAUGCGCAAGCCUGUUAUUGUAAUACGCUACAUUAUUGCUUACGUUGA